AUGGCCCCGCUAGCCGUGGCUGUCUCGCGCGCAGGGGGACUGGGUUUCCUCGCCGGCGGGUUCGAUGUCUCGAAUCUUGAGAAGGACCUCGAACACGCAUCACGGCUGAUCAAGGAAUCUCCCCUGGGAGAAGACAAGGACGUGCUCCCAAUUGGGGUCGGCUUUCUCAACUGGGGUGCGGACCGAGAUACUGCUCUUGCCGCACUCAAAAAAUACACGCCCUGUGCCGUGUGGUUCUUCGCACCAGUCAAUCAACCAGACGACCUCGUCCCCUGGGCCGAGCAGAUCCGGACCGCGACGUCAGGGAAGACCAAGAUAUGGGUUCAAGUCGGCAGCGUGGCAGAAGCCAUUGCAGUGGCGAAGGCGAUAAAGCCCGACGUCCUCGUCGUCCAGGGCAGCGACGCCGGAGGCCACGGCCUAGCGCAGUCAGCGUCCAUCGUCACCCUCCUACCCGAAGUGCAUGACUCGCUGGCGCAACUUGGGCAUGGCCACAUACCGCUCCUUGCGGCAGGAGGGAUUGCGGACGGCCGGGGUGUUGCCGCUUCGCUCAUGCUGGGGGCUGCGGGCGCAGUGAUGGGAACUCGAUUCCUCGCUUGCUCCGAGGCGACCAUCGCCCGGGGCUAUCAGUCAGAGAUCCUACGUGCGUCAGACGGAGGCAUCAGCACUGUUCGCAGCACGGUCUAUGACCGGGCGAGAGGUAUCUUGGAUUGGCCUGAUCGAUACAAUGGGCGUGGAGUGAUCAACCAAACCUACAUUGACUCUGUACAGAGAGGAGUGAGUGAUCAAGAAAUCAGAGAUCUCUAUGUGAAGGAAAUAGAGAAAGGUGACGAUGGAUGGGGACCUCAUGGCAGGAUGACGACGUACGCAGGGACUGGCGUAGGCCUUGUGAAGGAUAUCCUGGCAGCUGAAGAGAUAAUCAACAAGACCCUGGCAGGGACGGAUGAGGUGCUAAGAAAACACAGUAGCAGGCUGCAAUGA